GAAGGAAACAAUCUACUGUCCACCUCUCUCAGGUCAUUCUUAUCUUCUGUUGGACUGUUUAUUGGUCACAUGUCACUCUCACGUCUGUCAAUAUGUGAUAACAGUCUUAUUAGGAUGGCAUUUAAUAACCAAACCCAAGGUUGUUUAAUGUCUUACAGAGCCAUUACCACAGACUACCUGCCAAAAUAGUAACUAUCAGUGGCUGCAUUACUGUUUUUAAUUAAUUAAAAACUGUAUUAAAUUCUAGCAGCCUGUCUGGGUUUAGUUUCCACAUAAUGUACUGGUUUCCAGUAGCGUCACAAGGAUCUGUUUCAUAUCAUCUCUGUGGUUCCCUCUACUGUUCCAUUGAGGUAUAGACAGAACCUGCUUUAACCUAUGAACUUUGUACUUUAGUCCUACAUGCUGCUUUCUCAUUAGACACAUACAGGUAAUGUUUUAUUCUUUGGUGGAUCCCCAUCACAGUGAACUGUUAAACUCUUGUACCUUUUUCGCCCCUGUAACCGUACAAACAUCAUUCUGCCGUAUUCUGUCUUACUAUGACCGACUUUCAUGCCUCUUCCUGGAACCUCUUUUUAUCUUGGCUUGAGAUCAGCACUGGCUUGAAACCCGUGGCUAGAUUACACUGUCCCACUCUCCUAUGUGUUAAUCACCAGAGUACAUGAUAAUAAAGAGCAGACUGAAGGUGGAGCCAGGAUAGUUUAAGUAACUGAGGGGGAGCUGACUGAAGGAAAAAGGAAGCACAGUGACUCCCAGGAUCAUGAAGUGUUUUCAUUUCUUCUGUUUAGGAGUUCAACACUGUGUGUCAACACACAGAGCAAAUGAUCAGCACAUCAUGAGAACACAGAACUCCUGUCUGUUUCCUCUCAGGGUUUGGAUUCUUUAUCUUCUGCUUCACUGCUGCAGCGGUGACUCUGAGCUCAUUGGUUCCUCUCAGCCAAUAGUAGCUCGAGUUGGAGAUGAUGUCACGUUACCGUGUCACCUUGAACCUGCCCUGGAUGUUGAUACGAUGGCGUUGGAGUGGACGAGGCCUGAACUGAACCAGUUUGUGUAUGUGUGGCGAUCUGGUCAGGAGUUGGUCAACGACAUCCAUCCAUCGUACAGAGGCAGAACAUCCAUGUUCUCUGAUCAGCUGAAGGAGGGAAACAUGUCCCUGAAGCUCUCUGAGGUAGAACUGUCUGACAGAGGAACCUACAGGUGCUUCAUUCCUAAACUCAGCAAACAGGCGCUGGUUACGCUCAUUGUUGCACCAGACGCUGUUUCCUCCCCCGUCAUCAGUUUAUCAGGACUCGACAGAGACAGAGGUGCAGUGGUGCUGGAGUGUAGGAGUGGAGGCUGGUUCCCAGAGCCUGAGCUGCUGUGGCUGGACGCUGAGGGAAAGCUCCUCUCUGCUGGACCUACAGAGACAGUCAGAGGUUCUGAUGACCUCUAUACUGUCAGCAGCAGAGUGACUGUGGACAAGAGACACAGCAGCAGAUACACAUGCAGAGUCCAGCAGACCUCCAUCAACCACACCUCAGAGGCUCACAUUGAAGUUACAGGCAACAUCUUCCCGGGUCAGACUGAUUCUAGAUCCAGUUCUGGUUCAUCUGUUCUUGUCGUCGUUGGUUUGAUUCUCUGUAUCAUGGUUCUUCUUGCUGCUGUUGCUGCUCUGGUUGUGUGGAAACGAAGGAAGAACCAACUUGGAAAGAAGCAGCAGGAUGAAGAGACACAGAACAAGUCUGGAGCUAAUGAACUAGAGAAGGAACCUCUGAUGGAACCAGAACCAGACGGAGAACGGGUAACACAGAUGGUGGAAAACCAGAAUGAGAUGGAGAAAACACAGACAGUACAUACACAGAACCUGCAAACAGAAGAGACGGAGGCUGAAGAUGAAGAACCACAUGAUCAGGGUUUGACGGAUGAAGGACAAUAUGAGGAGCUGAUGGAGAGAGAAACAUUAAGUGAUGUUGACAUGGAGACACUUAAGAACAAGGUCACGUUAAUUGAGAACGAGUUCAAGUCAGUUGAGGGAGGUGAAAAAGGACAUGAUAAAAACCUUAAGAGAAAACUAGGACAGAUAAAAGAUAAAGAAAAGCAGAUCAGCGACAUUAAGAAGCAUCUGAAGGAGCUGGAGACACAGAGAGAAGAGACUGAAAAGAAGAUGAUGGACCCUGAUUCACAGAAAGAAGCUGCAGAGACACAUCAGGAAGUGAGAGACGCAGAGAAGGUGGAACUUCAGAAACAGCUGAAAAAAACAGAGGAGACGAUGAAGAGAAUGAUGAAGGAGACUGUUUAUGCAGCAGAACAGAAACAUAAAACCACAAGUGGAAGAGACAAAACUGUUAAAAAGACUGAGGAGCUGAAACAGAAGAAUAAAAACCUAAAAACUACAUCAGACAAUCGAUUAUUAGAGCAGACGAAUGGUCAUAAAACAGACAAAACACAGGAAGCAGCUGAAAAUAAAGAGGCAACGAAGCAGAAAGGAGAGAAACCGUCCUCCAGCAACACACUAAAGUACCAUAGUCAGCCGUCUCCUGUCUCCUCAGUGUCUGGUCUACUGACGGCAUCAGCUGCUUCAGCUCACAUCAAGCAGCCUCCUGGCUCAGCUCUCCCUCACGUUGAUCCAAACCGCCAGCAGUUCUUUCAGAACGAGUCUCUCUCUGUAAAGUGUGGGGAGGUUGGAGGCUCCUCCAAUGGGAGGCUGAUGAGGAAGCUGAAGGAGCCCAGCUCUGCUCAUGCCUCUGUGUGGGAGACCACGGGUUCUCGCACCAUCAGAGCUGCUCAUCUGACGGACAGCGGCCGGUACUGGUGUGAAGACGGAGGCGGGAGGAGGAGCAGGGCUCUGAACAUCACUGUGACCGCUGCUGCUGUGGUCCUGGACGUUCCUGCUGCUCCGGUUCCUCAGGGAGCGGACGCGACCCUGCGCUGUUUAAAGGCCACAAGCUCAGAACUCAGCGCUCACUUCUACAAGGACGGGUUCUGCAUCGGUACCGGCUACGGUGGAGAGCUGAGCCUCUGCAGGGUCUCCAGGUCCGAUGAAGGCUCGUACAGAUGCGGCGUCUCUGGAGACGGAGACGAGGACUCAGAGGAGAGCUGGCUGAGCGUCGCUGAUGAAGAGCAGAUCCCAGGUCUGCUGAGGCUGCUCAGUGUCGCCUGUGUGGCUCCACUGCUGCUGCUGCGACUGCUUCACUGUGGAAAACACACAGAACCAGAGGGAAUGAAGCCUCUUCCACCAGUCGAGCGCCUGCUCUGUUCCACCGUCGUCUACAGGUCAGUUAAAGCAGAGACGCCUCAGUGAAACUGAAAGCAGGAGGUGGAGACGUUUACGACUGUUCAACUGAACCAAGUGUUUGAUCUCAGAGAAGAAUAAACAUUAAAUCUAUUGUAGAGCUAAAGCUAAAUUAAAAGUAUGAACCUGAUGAACUGAGCUGUUGGUGCAUUUACACUGAAAACCUAAAUUAAAGGUCUGCUCACGUUUUUGUCUUGACUUCAUCGUUAGAAUUUGAGCCACUUAAAAACUGACAUCAGUGAUCGACUGAUCGGCUCAGAUUCAACAGUUUGAUGUUUUUAAGUCCAGGAUCAUCUGGUGAAAACAUUUCUGCAUCAUUCACAUCAGUGAAGCUUCUGUCCUGUGUGACUAUUAGUUAUGAUGCAUAAUUACAAUGAAGUUUCUCCACAGUUGGACACAGUUUCUAGUGUUAAACAGCUGAUGAUGUGCUGCUGGGUUGAACAUUGAAGGUCUCUGUCUAGUGUGAAUAUACUGAUGCUAAAACCUAGAGAAAUGCUUUCACAGUUGGAGGAUGAAGAGUAAUGUUCACCUGUUUUGUAUUUGUUACAGCAGCUUGAACACGUUGCUCCAGUGAAGUUUCUCUAGUGUGAAUUUCUGGGUGCCAUUUUCAUUUGCAGGAUGGGAUAAAAGCGUUUCCACAGGUUUCAUGUGAAUAAUGUUCCUCUUCACGUGAAUCAGCUGGUUAAUCUUAAGUUGAAGCGUUUAUGAUUCGUCUGGAGGAUAAAGCACAGCCUUUACCACAGGUUUCACAUGAAUAAGGUUUCUCUCUGGUGUGAAUACGCUGGUGCCGUUUUCAGUUUGCAGCUUUAGAGGUUCCUCCACACUGGUCGCAUGAAUAAACCUUAUGUCCUGUGUCUUUUCAAGGCUCUAACCUGCUGAAAGCAGCUCCAGAGUCUCUGCUGAUGGACCGUUUCGCUCCUGUAUGGAUUCGAUGAUGGGUCUUCAGGCUGAAAGCUCUGCCACAUGUGACCUCUCUACAGAAUGAACCCUGUGAUGGCACAUACUCUGGUUACAAGCUUCAUCUCCUGCAAAAGCAAAGCAACGAGCAUGAACGAUUUCCUGUGGGAAGCGGUUUAUAAACAGCUGGGCGUCUAUGCCACCAUCAUUGUGAUUUUUACCUACAACGUUCUGCUGGACAGAGACGUGGCAUGCACUUGUCUAGAACAACAGCGGGACUGCACCUUCUACAUGGCCGUGCCAUUUUUGGCCAUAUUUCUUCUGAUUCUCUGGAUGGACACCAAGUUUUGGAACUUCUUGAGGUUUGGAUGGCGUUUACUAAAGUCUUCAUGUUCGUCACAGACAAACCAUACACACAUUAAUUCCCCCAAUCAACAGAAAAGGAUCGCGCCUCGUUUCAUCAUGUAUCUCAUUGCGUGGCACACUUUAAAGGCAGUGUUUGUGGGUCUGCUGUGGGUCGCGUCUGUGAUGAUUCAUGGAGACUGGUACAUCUGCUGUAGGAAUUCACAGCUAGUCUGCAAUGGAACAAAGAACAUCUCCCCUAAAGCGCAGGUAAAAGCUGAACAGAGGAAUUUGUCAAAGAUCAUUGGCUUCUCUCUGCUCUUCAGUAUCAUUGGUGUGACGUUUGUCAUUGCAUGCGUGCACUGCUUAAGCUGCCGUGAUAAAUAUUACUACAGAGCGAUAUUGGAAGAGGAGACACAUCUGGUCCAAGAGGCUCUGAUAGAAGCAGCAAAGAAAAACCUGCGCGAAAAGCUUAACAAAA